AUGGCCAAGCGUCUGCUCCCACUUUUCAACCGCGUGCUGGUUGAGAAAAUCGUUCCGCCGUCCAAAACCACCGCCGGGAUUCUCCUCCCGGAGAGCACCACCAAGCUGAACACUGGAAAAGUUGUUGCUGUGGGUCCCGGUUAUCAUGACACGGAGGGCAAGAUUAUUCCGGUGAGUUUGAAAGAAGGAGACACUGUUUUGCUGCCCGAAUAUGGAGGUUCUGAGGUGAAGCUUGGUGACAAAGCGUACCAUCUUUACCGAGACGAAGACAUUCUGGGAACUUUGCACGACUAA